AAAGAAUGAGAAAAAAAAUACUCGAACUCCGCUUCACUUGUGUUUUUUUUCUAAUUUUACUGUCAUUAGGCCGAUAAUUUGAUGCAUAUUUUGUAUGCAACAGUUAUUUUGACUUGUUAAAGUGCUCUAUUAUGUACCAAAUCAUCGCGGGGAAUGCUCUAAGUGCGUCUAUAAACUAAAAUCAAUAACAAUCAUUGACCAACAAAGUUACCAAGAUGAAUUAUGAAGCCGAAAGAGCCAUGAAUCAGAAGCGAUUGCGAAUGGAGGGCGAACCGGGCCAUGGAGUGGUCCAGGGAAAUGGUUUGCCGCUAAAUUAUAUAGAUAAUGGUCACCAAAUACCGUAUCAACCGUAUGCUGGUGCAUACAACACUCAUUAUCCACCGCCGGAGGCGUUUUCGCCCUACGGGCCGCCGCCGCCGGGGGGCUAUGCCCCGCAGAACUUGUCGUACGCGCCUCCUGCGCACCAGAACUACCCGCAUCACCAGAGUUUCCCGCCACAACAGCCGCCGCAAGCACAGCUACACAUGCCACAGUCCCAUAUGGUUCAAGGCUAUGGAGACGUGGGUGUGCACAAGCCUGCCUGGCCGCCCCAACCACACCUGUUACCCCCACUGGACACUCAGAAGCCCCUGGAUGUGAAGCAGCUGAAAUCAGAGAUUAAACUGGAACCAACUGAUGCUCAGAAACGACCACACCCUGAGAAUGAGAUGCUGGCGAGGCAGAGAGAGUACAAUGUCCACAUACCCAGUACCUUGGGUGGUGACUUAGACCAGCCUAAAAUUAAGAUAAAGACGGAUAUAUUCAAGCCGGAUGAUUUAGCACACAGACAGGAUAAGCCUAUUGAUGUCGGCCAAAAAUCGUUGUCUCUGGAUGGAUCACAGAAGCCCACUGACUUGCAAAACAAAGAUGAUGGUCAUCCAAUCAUUGGUGUUGAGAACAAGUCUAUGGAUAAACCAACCGAGUCUUGCAAAGCUGAGGGUGCGGCUGAAGGCGGCGCUGGUGAUUCACAACGAGCGGCGGAGCCCACGACUCUUAGUGACAAGAGUGAAGAGGAUCGGAAACCGUUCAGCAGUCCAGAGCUCCCGAAGUCAGGCGCUAUACCCGGCAAGGUGCCGACUCCAGGCAGCGAGCCCAAGAAGAGGGGCCGGCCCAAGGGCUCCACCAACAAGCCCAAGCCGCCGGGCGCCGCGCCCCGCGCCCCCGCCCCCGCUGCGCCCCGCGCGCCCCCGCCGCGCCCCCUGCCGCAGCCGCCGCGCCCCCGCGCCACCGGGUACCAGUACGCCAUCAGACCCUUCAGGAAGGACUUCUCUGGGAUACAGUUUAGAAGGCGAUGGAGCGACGACUGCCUGGACUCGUCGCACAUCCCCAACGAGGUGUACUUCGGCGACGUGCCGGUGUCCAUGGAGGUGUUGUUCAACUACUACGACGCCAACGCCGAGCGAGAGAAGCUCGCCACGCAGGCCGCGCAGAUCGCCGCGCAGAAGGCCGCCGCCGCCAAACUGGCCGCCGCCAAGUUACAGGCUAGAGGGCUCAUGCCAGCGUCUACUGAGGUAACGACAGUGGACUCUUCAUCAUCAGACGACUCGUCAGGUUCCUCCGGCAGCGACUCGGAAGAGAGUGACGAAGACACGCCACUGAAGCGCGGACCGGGCAGGCCGAAGGGGUCCAAGAACAGUCCACGAGCCCCCGGGACCCCGUCUGCAGGGGGUACGGGGUCCACGCCCAGCACGCCGGGGACUGGACGACGGGGGCGACCCCCUGUACCGCCAGAACUCCGCCAACCUGGUAUCACAGACAUGAAGAAGUUCUGCAAAGCUGCUGGGAUAAGGUUCGACUACAAGAAGCUUGUUGAAGGUUGUACGAAAAACAAAGAGCGUGUACAGAAGAUGCUGGACCUGCUGACGGCGGCCGGGCUCGAAGGUAAGCCCACGCUGGAGAAGUGCCAGGCGCUGAAGAAGGCCAAGAUCGAGAAGAAGGAACAGGAGAAACAAGCCAAGAAGGAGGCUAAAGUUAAGCACAAAGAAGUUGUUUCGGAGAAGGAGGGCGGAGUGUCACGGCGCAUGACGCGUGGCGCGACAGGCGUGAAGCCACGCCAGCGUAUCGUGAUCUCCUCAGACGAAGAGGACGACACGCCCGCUGCAAGACGCACUCUCUCCAAGCUGCGCUCCUCGCUCAAUGACGACUCCGACUCGGACUAGGUAAAACUGAAUUUCCCUGCCUGAUAAGAGUACGCAAUAGACAGUACAAUGGAUACAAUACUUGUAGCGGGCAGUGAAACAAGUGGCCUCUAGAAAGUGCUUCGACGGAGGUCCGCCUUGUACCGCAGUAGUCGGUAUGCGUUACUUCCUACUAAACUUAGUGUUUGCGUCGAUAUUAGUAUGUGGUGUUAGUUGAAAAUAUGGCGGCGCGACGGGACGGGUGACUGAAGAAAGGGACGAACGAGCAGUUGACACGACGGUGGUACACACAAUCUACUUAAUUACGAUAUACUAGAAUGUUCUACGCCACUGUUUUAUACCAUACAGACGGAGAUUCCUUAUUUCGCAAUACUUUUAAGACAAUAUUAUAGAUUCCUUCACACAAUGUCUCGAGACAUCGCGUCGUCAAUAUAAUCUUGUUUCUAGUUAGCAAUUUAAAAAGUUUUGUGCAAUGAAAGAGUAGCCAAUAAUAAGUUCCAGUCAAUGACAAUAGACAACUGCAUAGUUUAUGGUGACUAGAGGUAGGGUAGCGAUAGAUCCAAUAUUACAUUAUACACAUAUUCUAAGAUGAAUCUUUAAUUUCAUUGGAUGUGUUACAUUGUGUAUCCUUCCAAUAUGGGCCUAAUAAAGAGAUUAGAAUAAAUGUUUUUCUAUGAUAAGUACAACGGGACAUGUACUAAGUUAGAUUAUGUUCAAGCGAGUUACGUCCUUAAGUCCGCCAUGUAUGCAACUCUUGCCUAAGGGCUCCGGUAGGGCUCGAAACUUGUCGAGCGGUCGCUCGUAAUAAUCGUAAUACGAUACGUGCUAACCGUGUGAACAUUAUCUACUCGAGUAUAAUGGUUGUGUUUUUCUAUUAUUGAAGAUUAGAUGCGAUGUUUUGUCUAUUAUUUUUGAUAGACAUAUCAUAGCUAUUUCUUUCUUCAUCAGAGUUCUUUUUUUAUAUUUUUCAUGUAGAUAUUUCUAUGUUGAGUUUAUGAGUUCUUACUCCGUUAAUGUUCUUUGUUUAAGUUUAUUAAAGGAACUUCUUAGAAUAUGGGUGUUAGUGGCGAACAAAGCUUAGUUUCAAAUUUCCGGAGGCAAAUUGAUAUUGUAAAGAACCAUUUACUAGAUACAGUACAAGAAAAUGUUUCAGAAGAAAAUCUAAAUCAUUGUUGGCAUUGAUUUUAGUUCUAUAUUCUUUGAAAUAGGAGUGGAGUAGACAUACUAAAUGUAUAUAGAUAAAUAUUUCUUUUAUUUUUAAGGUCGCU